CCUUCCUUGCCUGACAUUUGUCAGGAAAACAAUAUAAUUUAAAAAAAAAAUGUGCUAGCUUGCCAGGAAACCUCGGUUUCUCCCCGAGGCUUUUUUCUGCAUAAAAGGGGACUGAGAACUAACCUGGAAGUGUGGAAAGUGGGACUUCGGGACGCUUUCCAGUACUUGGGGGGGUGGAUCCCCCAGCGGGCGAAAACCGAGCCCAUCCCUCCGAAGGGUUGCGGGACAGCAUGGCAGGGAAGGACCUCUUCCUCUUGGCGUUGUCCGGCCUUUUCUUCGAGUUAUGGACUGGGUGCCACUCCACCGACACCAGCCAGCCGCGGUUACGCCUCUCCCAUAAAGAGCUCUGGGAUUUGAACAGAACAUCCGUCUUUCAUAGCCCGUCUGGAUACCUUGGUCUUCAUGUAAUGCUUCUGGAUGAGUAUCAAGAUCGACUCUUUGUGGGAGGAAAGAACCUGGUCUAUUCACUCAGCUUAGACCGAGUCAGUGAAAAUUACAGAGAGAUUCAUUGGCCGAGUACAACUGUGCAAGUGGAAGAAUGUACAAUCAAAGGACGAUAUGCUGAAGAGUGUGCAAAUUACAUCCGUGCUCUGCAUCGGUACAACCGAACACAUCUGUUGGCAUGUGGAACAGGAGCUUUUGAUCCAGUCUGUGCUUUUAUAAGAGUAGGUCAUCAGUCAGAGGAUCAUCUGUUUCACCUGGAAGCUCACCGCCUUGAGAGGGGACGUGGCAGGUGCCCAUUUGACCCCAGCUCCUCCUUUAUCUCCACUUUAUUUGGUGGAGCAUUGUUUGCUGGGCUCUACAGUGACUACUGGGGGAGAGAUGCCGCGGUCUUCCGCACAAUGGGCCGGCUGACACACAUCCGGACUGAACCAGAUGAUGACCGUCUACUGAAAGAACCCAAAUUUGUCAGCUCUUUUAUGGUUCCCGACAAUGAAGACCCAGAAGAUAAUAAAGUGUAUUUCUUCUUCACUGAGAAAGCUUUAGAGGCAGAAACAAGUGCUCACGCCAUAUAUUCCAGGGUGGGGAGAGUGUGUGCGAAUGAUAUGGGUGGACAACGGAUGCUGGUGAAUAAAUGGACCACUUUCCUCAAAACCAGAUUGAUCUGCUCCGUGCCAGGGAGGAAUGGAAUUGACACACAUUUUGAUGAAUUAGAAGAUGUAUUUUUGCUCCAGACUCGGGAUAACAAAAACCCAGUGAUAUUUGGACUCUUCAACACUACGAGCAACAUAUUUCGAGGGUAUGCUAUAUGUGUCUAUCAUAUGGCUAGUAUUCGAGCAGCUUUCAAUGGACCAUAUGCUCAUAAAGAAGGGCCUGAGUACCACUGGUCUGUGUAUGAAGGGAAAGUACCAUACCCAAGACCUGGAUCGUGUGCCAGCAAAGUGAAUGGAGGCCUGCAUGGCAGCACCAAAGACUACCCAGAUGAAGCAAUCCGUUUUGCUAGAAGCCACCCACUGAUGUAUCAGCCUGUUCGGCCUGUUCAUAAGAAACCAGUUCUUGUGAAGACAGAUGGGAAAUACAAGCUCAAACAAAUAGCAGUCGACAGAGUAGAAGCAGAGGAUGGACAAUAUGAUGUCUUGUUUAUUGGAACAGAUAAUGGGAUUGUACUGAAAGUCAUUACAAUUUACAACCAAGACACAGAAUCAAUGGAAGAAGUGAUUCUUGAGGAGCUGCAAGUGUUCAAAGUGCCAGUCCCUGUGAUAGCCAUUGAAAUUUCUUCAAAAAGGCAACAAAUUUAUGUUGGCGCUGAGUCUGCUGUUGCACAGUUGAAGUUCCAUCAGUGUGACAUGUAUGGAACAGCCUGUGCUGACUGUUGUCUAGCGAGGGAUCCUUACUGCGCUUGGGAUGGGAUCUCCUGUUCCAGAUACUACCCAACAGGAACACAGGCAAAGAGACGUUUCCGCAGACAAGACGUCCGUCAUGGAAAUGCAGCUCAGCAAUGCUUUGGACAGCAAUUUCUUGGAGAAACCUUGGAUAGGACUGAAGAGCGACUGGUAUAUGGAAUAGAAUACAACAGUACUCUACUUGAGUGUAUCCCAAGAACCUUGCAAGCGAAAGUGAUAUGGUUUGUACAGAGAUCACAUGAAACCCAAAAAGAAGAGGUGAAAACUGAUGACAGGAUACUCAAAGUGGAUCUUGGCCUUUUAUUUUUACGGCUGCACAGGAUGGACGCUGGGACAUAUUUUUGCCAAACUGUGGAACACAGCAUUAUUCAUACAGUUCGAAAAAUCACACUUGAAGUUGUUGAAGAAGAGCGUGUGGAUGACAUGUUCAACAAAGAUUAUGAGGAGGAGGUCUCUCAUAAGAUGCCCUGCCCCGCACAGAGUAGCAUUCCCCAUGGCUCAAGACCAUGGUACAAGGAAUUCCUGCAGCUAAUAGGUUACAGCAACUUCCAGAGAGUAGAGGAAUACUGUGAGAAAGUGUGGUGCACAGACAAGAAAAGGAAAAAGCUGAAGAUGUCUCCAUCCAAAUGGAAGUAUGCCAAUCCACAGGAGAAGAAAGUGCGCAUCAAACCUGAGCAUUAUCGUGUUCCCAGGCACACUGCUGACUCUUGAUGGGAAAAGAAAAUCAAUUCAUUUAAGAGAGCAUUAAAUGGCUUUUGUUUGGACCUAAAGAAAGGGAAAUAAGUCUUGGAUUUGGUAAUUAAUACAGGUUUAUAUAUAUAUGAAAUGUUGAGACUGGAAAUGGAACAAAAGUGUUUUUAGUAAGUUAUAUACUUAACGUAUGUUUUGAUGGUUUUUUUAAAUUCUGCUUAAUUCUGGAUUCCAACUGUAUCAUUCCAUACUGAAUUUUCCAUUUAGGGACAAUCUUGACAAUCAUUGUAUUACACGUUUAGUCCACCUAGUCAAGCAUGGAUCAUGCUUGUGCUGUAUAUUCUAGUGUUCUGUAGAGAUAUUUAAGUGAGCUCAAAAGCUGAUGCUUCAGUAAGCAAGACAACAAUGUAUUGUAUAGUUUUGUUUCAGUUUCACAGUUGUCUUGGUGAUUUUUAAUGUGGCCAAUCCUAUGUGGAUGGAGCCUCUUUUUUUGGACUCCCGAGAAUCCCAGUUUUCAUUUCUGGAAAAGCAUGUUUCUUGUCCUUACCAGUGCAGAGAUCAAUUUGAAAAUGUGAUGGCAGCAAUGGCUGAUCGCAGACAUGAUUGUAAAUAAAAACUUAGAAACAAAGAGAAAGCAAAAAUCACUGUGUAUAAUGUAGCAAAAAUUUUGACCAGAAAGCAAUAGUAUUAGACUUCAUUGUGAAGAUUCACUUAAGUAAUAUCAAGAGUGGUUAAUUUAAGAUGGAUUGUGUCCAUAAUAUUUUGUUAUGGUUUCAGGAGUCACAUAUCAAGAACCAAGAAUUGUAAAGGUUGACUCUAGUUUUCUUUCUUUCUUUUUUGGGUUAAUAAUGUCUUGGAAAGUGGUAAGUAUAUUGUAACAGAUUGGAAAUACUCUAUGUACUCACCAAAAUGUAGCUCAAAAUCUCCCAUAUUUAUGAAAAUGAUGUGCAGCUGAAAGGGAGGAACAAUCCGUUUGCCACUUCCUGGUCAUAUUUGUUCCAUGCGCACUCCUUUAUCUAAUGAAUCCCCCCACUACCACACCUAUUGUCCCCAAUAUUUCUAUGUCCCUAUGGGCAAUAAGAGGAGGCUGUAUAUCCAUGUUCUGUGUCAUAAAGCAUGAAACCUAUGCUUCUGACAUUGAGCAGAAGUAUAUUCUGAAGCAUGUUGGCUAUCCAGAACAUAAUAAUGCAUUUCCUUCCACAAUGGUAUCAUCAAAUGGGGUAUCCAUCCUUGCUUUUUAGGCCCAAAAUGUUGUGAAAGGUUGGACGGAAACAAUGCUAAAUAUUUCCAUCUUUGAUUUUUUUUUCUUAUUUACAUCCAGAGAGCAUCUUUUGAUUAUCAAAUUUUGUUCUUUUUCUGUAUGAUGUCUGAAUAACAAGAACUAUGGACAGUUAUAGCAAAUUGUUUGUUAUCCAAAGUAAUAUAGCUGCCCUCUUGUGGGAAAAAAUAGCAUUUUUAUUCUGUUCUUACACAUUAUGUGCUCUAAAAUGCAGCAUAAUAUAAGAGACUAGGGCAGUGCCGGAACAACUAAUUAUUUGAGUAUUUAACAGCAUCUCUCAUUUUUAGUAAAGUUCCACUAUCAUUGCAAAAUCUCUCAUUCACAUGGUUUUAAUCUGUUCUUGUUGAUGGUCACUUUAUGUUCCUUCACUUUUUUAUUCCCACACUUCUCAGCCACAUUUGCUCCAUCUGCUGUUUAAAAUUACACUUGUUUCCUCUAAUGUUGUUAUUGUUGCAUGAGAGUAUAGCAAUGUUAUUGUGCUGUCAGAGGAAUUCAACAUUCUGUAAAGUGAUUCUAAAAAAGGGGGACAGCCCAAACCAAAAAUUAUAAGUGUGAAACUGGACUUCAGAUCAGCACCAAAUUUAGCAUAG